UCAGCCCCACCCAUUGCUUCGAUUUUUGAACUCCCGGUCUCAAACUCCCCCCAACCCCUACCGACGCCGCGCCUGAGCACUCCUCCCCCCCUUGUGGCGGCGAGAUCCAGGCGGGGCCCGGCCGCCGCCGGCGCAUGGCUUCCGUCGACGCCGCGGGUGACCCCCUCCGCUCCUUCGCCUCUGCGACGUCCCUCCUUUUCCGGACCCUUGGCCCUGCCGCGGCCUCCACAUCCCCCUCCAGGGCCCCUGGGGCGCUGCUCGGCGGAUCCCUGAAACGCUCCAAGGAGCUGAUGGAGCAGGCCAGCCUGGUCUUGAGGGAGCGGGGGGACAUCCAGAAUCUCUAUCAGGAGGAUCGAGCGGAUGGCAAGAACAACCAGCAGGGUAGAAGGCCUGGGCUGGACCGCAAGCGGGCUCAGUUCUCUCUCAAGCCCACCCAAAGCAACCCCGUGAAUGUUGAUUUCUCCAAGGCGCUUAGCAUUGAUGAUCCAGAGGAGUACUUCUUAACCUUGGAGCGGCUCGAAAAGGCUGACAGGGAGAUAAAAAAGCUAAGAGGUGAGGUUCCAACCAAAACAGCAAAUUAUGAUCGGCCUAUGGAACCACCCAAGAAGCGGCCUGGAAUGUCGAGGAGAAAAUCGGUCUAUUCUUACAAUUUUAGUGUGGGCACGGAUGCCUCAGAUGGUACUGAAGCACCCGAUUCCCAGAUGGGAACUUUACCAGAAUCUCAGUCCACUCAAGACGACAUGCCUCCUUCAGUUCCUGAAAGAACCAAGCCACCGGUCCCUUCAAGUUCUAGCCAAUGUGAUAUACAAGAUGUCUCAACGAGAGAAGAUUCAUUUGCUAAGAAGGAUAAAGGCGCCACUCUGGAUUCCCUAAUGUCAGCAUUCAAAAAUUUGGAUGAAUCUAAAGAGGAAAGCCUGCUGCGAGAGAAGUUACAGAUCAAAGAAAUAAACAUAGGGGAAGCUUGUAUCCCUGACCUAUUCAAUGUUCCUGGUGAUAGGCCUGUAAGAAGCACUAAGCAGAAGUAUCUGAGGAGUGACCGUACUCCAGAAAGACCUGUAUUAGGGAGCCACCAUGCUCCAAUUUCGAAAUGGGAGAAACACAUACUUGGUCGAGACAUUCUGGACGAUAAAGCAGAUCUUUCAGAAGACGGUGAAUCUGAUAAUUCUCCAGAAACUGUUGUGGAUAAACAAUCGCAGGUGCACAGUUCUUACAAUGAUGUUGUUUUGACAAACGGUGAGGCCUCUACUGCAACGGAGACCCCAACUUCAAGCAUCAAAUUUCCAGACCAUGUUCUUGAACCAGUAAGUUCUCCACUUGGUGUGUGCAUAGAUAGUGAUGUUGCCAAAAAAAAGGAUGCAUCUAGCGGGCAAAAUGUUUCAUUAGAGGAAGAGCACAUGCCAGUGAAUCACCCAUUUACCGAGAGGCCAAAUAAUGAACCAGGAACUUCUUCUCAUCAUUUGGAAGGUGAAACAACAAAAGUGCUGGGUAGUGCACCAGGUAGAAAUGUGUCGGUGUUGCAUGGUGAAGAUGAGAAUAUCGGAUAUCAGGGAGUGCUUGGAGGGGACAUGCUUGUGCAAGAUGAACCAAUCCAUCCACCGGAAAUACCUCCAGAUGCGCAUAAUCAGUCUCAUAUUCAGGAUGAAAAUGUUGAGAAACAGGCAGUUGAUAUAAGCCGUGAACUCCCUCUGAGCAAAGGUGGUAAGCAAAAUGCAGUCCAAAAAAGAAAAAACAAGAAGCAGUCAGCAAAGAGAGGAAAAAGAGUUUCAGAUAAGCCAAUCCAUACAUCAGAAAUACUUCCAGAAGAUAUUGUCCCACAGAAUAACUCUCAUGUUCAUGAAGGAAACUUCGAGAAACCUGCAGUUGGUGCAAGCAAUGAACUCUCCCCAAGCAAAGAUAGUAAGCAAAAGCGAGUUCAAAAUGAGGAGUCUAAGAAGCAGCCAUUGAAGAGAAUGAAAAGAGGGGCAGAAGAGGCAAGCAAUCCAUUGGGAAUACCCCCUGAAAAUUGUGAUACAGAGACUCAACCUAGUAUGCAAGAUACAAAUAUCGAGCAGCAGACAGUUGAUACAAGGGUUCCACGGUCCCCAAACAAAGGUAAAUUGCAAAAGGAAGGUCAAAGGAGAAAGAAGAAGCAAGAAGUGAAUAGAAGGAAAAGCCUGACAGCAUUUGGUCUUGCGUGGCAAUCUGGCGUGAGACGCAGCACCAGAAUACGGUCCAGGCCAUUGCAGGAUUGGCUUGGCGAAAGGCUCCUAUAUGGGCGUAUACAUGACACAAUGGCCACAGUCAUCGGCGUGAAAUCAUAUUCUCCCAGUCAAGAUGGCAAGGUUGAAUUGAGAGUGAAAUCCUUCGUGCCAGAACAGUACUCAGAUAUGGUAGCUCAAGCUGCAAAGUAUUGAGGUUACUGGCCUUGACAAGUCUCACUUUGUUCUGGGACAAGUCAGUUUUGUGGCCAAGAGGGUCGGUUCUGGGACAAGUCAGUUCUCAGGUGCUUUCUCAUGCUCUGCCAUCUAUCUUUCUAAAAGAGAUUUGCACAAUGUAGUGCAACCAUGCUGUUAACAUCCAAGACCAUGUAGAAAUAUGGAUGUAGUAGUAGAGGCACAAGAAUUAUCUUCACCUUUGUUAGCUGUUUUUAGUGUCAUCUCUGGAUGAUAUGAUGUCAAUUGUCUCUAGUUUGUAUAUCCCUUGUCGUAUGAUAAAAUUAUCGUACUAUGUUUAAAUGCGCCGGAACCAACUAUGGCCCGCCGUUUUGUAUGUAUUGGUGCUAUUUGUAUAAUUGUGUCGCGUUCUCCAA